AUGUCUAAUACAAAUUUUUUAUUGGAUCUUUUUGAAUAUAUUCCACCUUCCCAUGUUGCUUUAUUCUUACGUCUUAUUCGACUGUAUCCAAUGAAUAUUGUCGAUAAUUAUUUUAAAAGAGAACAAACCAUUUUGGCUAUUAUUAAUGAAACGACUAAUAGUGACUAUAAAGCUAAUAUUUGGCCAAAAAUAAUGUCGAUUAGUCGUAUACCAGAAUUAGUUGACCAAGUGUUACUUAGCAACGAGAAUGAACGUUUAUUAUCAGCAAUUGAAAAAUUACAGUGCAGAUUCGAAUUACAACCACAUCGUUUUAGAAUUUAUAAGUUGCUUCCAAUAUCAAAAAUUUGUAUCAUAUGUCAAGGUAUAUUAGGAGAACCAAAAUUUGAUGAAAUUUGCAAUAUUAUCGGUCGAAAUGAUAUAUACAACGGUGUGUUAUAUAAAAAUGAAUGCUGUGAUAUGAUUUAUAAAUAUGGAUAUAUACGUAAUCGACGAACUCGUGAGCGAUUACUUAUACCUGAUGCAAUUUUUAAACAAGAAUUUAUUCAUUUAUUUGAUCGUUUAAUCUAUGAACGUUCACUACUUGUUGCAUUUACUAAUCUUCUUCAUGGAGCCGCAUCAAAUUUUCUAUCAUAUACUAAUGCAACCAAUGCAGAUAUUGAUCAAAAUCGAAAUUUUAAUAAUCAAUUGCCUUUAAAAAAUAAAAUACAUUCAAAAUAUUUUGCUGCAACUUGGAUAUGGUUUGAAAUAUGCCGAUAUCUUUUUUUUAUGACAAAUUUACAUACAAUUCAAAUUCCAGACAUUAUUCAACGAUUGUCUCAUAAUAUGUAUUUUGAGGCUAAUGCUAAUUUUUUUUAUGAGACAUUCAUAAAAUUUUGGUCACGUCAUGGACAAGUCGAAGGUUGUCAGUGUCAAGCUAAAGAUACCUGUAUGCUUAACUUUGUGUUUGAUACACACAUGAAAGCACAUCGUUUAGUCUGUGCAUAUACGUCAUCUUGUGAUGAAUCUGUACUAGAAAUGGACCCUGUGGCUGUCGGCUGCCCUCGUCCUCCACUUCGUUCUACAUCAAGUCUUUUGAAAAAUAUAUCGACUAUUAAUAAAAAUAAAUGCAAGCACUAUUGUGCAGAUCAUUAUAAAUAUGGCUUAGAACCAAAUAUUAUAGAAAACUCAACAAUUACUAAAGCCAAUGAACUCGAACGUAACUCUGAUGAGUUCGAGGACACUGAUCAAUGUACCGUUCAUCGCGAUGAAGAUGAUACACAACACAAACGUCGCACUGCAGGAUUUAUGGCUAUUGUAUCCAAUUGUAAUGUUAUUAUUGGAUGGAAUGAAAGUAUUCGUUCUGAAGGUAUGCGUCGUAAUACUUAUCACUUAUUAAGGUUUCUUCAUCUCGGUGGAAUAUUACCACAAGCAGUUGCUUAUGAUUCAGCAUGUACUUUCCUUGCAUAUUUAAAAAACCAAUAUUGUGUAUCUAUCAUGCCAUCACCUUAUGUUGAUGAAUUGUUACAAAAAAAAUAUUGUAUAGAUCGGUUUCAUCGCAGAAACCACACCCGACCUGAAUGUAAAACAGUUUUGUCAUGUUCUCAUCCAGAUAAUCGACCAUUUUUCGAUGCUGCACUACGAUCUAUCACAUGGCCUUAUUCCAAUAUUUUUUAUUGUCUUAUAUUUCAUCUACGAAAUUGUUCCGAGACACAAAUCUUUCCAGAUAAUCCUUAUCUAGCUGUUAAAUCGAAUAUUCCACCGCCAACUAGUAGCCUAUUUGAAUGGACUCAUAUAAUGGCCUCACAUAAAUAUCAACUGCAGCAGCAGAACCAGGGCGAUUGUCGAAGAGAAGAUGAUGAUAUUGAAGAGACAUACAAUGAAUAUGAAUAG